AUGUCAACCUUCGAGCGAAUCACUCUAUUCAACAUCCCCAAGGAGGAGGAUCGCGCACUACUCGUUGAGGAGUAUAAGCGGCUCGUCAAGACUGCCGUCAAGGUAAUGUCCUUCUCCCCUAAUCUCUCUUCCAUUCCCAAGCCUGAAUUAAUCAAUGUCGAGCAGGACGGCAAACCGUAUAUAAGCAACGUCUCCUUUGGUCCUGCAAUCCCCGACGAGCGGAGUCAGGGAUACAAUUUCGGCGUCAAGACGACGUUUGCGACGGUAGAAGACGUCAAGUUUUAUGAUACCGAGUGUCCGGCGCAUCAGACGUUGAAGGCCGCUUUGGGUGGUAGGAAGGAGGGGGAUGUUUUGACGGUGAUUUUUGAGAAUGCGGCUUGA